AUGGAUUUCCAACUAGUUGGUCAAAUCCCGGGAUCCCCGAUUCCGACACUCGGCAGCCCCCUGCUGCUGACACCGCCUGCAAGUCACGUGUCUCCCGUCCUCACUCUGGACCGCAAUAGGCCCCGCCAGCUCUUCAGCCCUUUUCAGCUGAAGCAGCUCCAGAAGAUGAGACCUUUGUCCCUUUGUCUCAAACGAAUAGUCUCCCGAGGACUCUCCGUCCCGCCCCCUCCCCGUGCCUUUGGCUGGAUCCUCUUGCGUGGCCGAUGUGGGCUCCUGCCGGAAGCAGUCGUGGAGCAGCAGGUGGAGUCCGGAGCCGAGGUGGGAGUCGGUGUGGGGAGAAGGCGGAAAGGGGCAAGUACAGCAACCAUGGCAGACCCAUCAGAGGUCACUCGGAUCCUUGUCACUGGAGGCUCUGGCUUGGUGGGGUAGGCCAUACAGAGAGUAGUGGCUGAUGAUGCUACCAAGCCUGGAGAAGAGUGGAUAUUUGUCUUCUCUAAGGAUGCAGACUUGAUGGACACAGCCCAGACCCGAGCCCUGUUUGAGAAACAUCAACCUACAUAUGUCAUCCAUUUGGCAGCCAUGGUGGGUGGCCUCUUCCGGAACAUCAAGUAUAACCUGAACUUCUGGAGAAAGAACAUUCAAAUCAACGACAAUGUCUUGCACUCAGCCUAUGAGGUGGGCACUCGGAAGGUGAUCUCUUGCCUCUCCACCUGUAUCUUCCCUGACAAGACCACUUACCCCAUCGAUGAGACCAUGAUUCACAAUGGACCCCCACACAACAGCAACUUCGGCUACUCCUAUGCUAAGCGCAUGAUCGACGUACAAAACAGGUCUGGGAUGUUUGGGAGACAGUAGUGCUAAAAGCUGUAGGCCACUGUCUUCAUCACACACACCUUCCAAAACUCAUAAGCCCCCACUCUCCAUCCUGUCAAUCAACAAGCAUUUAUUAAACAUCUAUUGUAGUAAUUAUCAGAAAUAAAAAACAAUAACAACAUAAUUAUUAUAAUAAUAGCUAGCAUUUAUGUAGCUUUUACUAUUGUGCUAGGCACUAUGCUAGGCAAUUUGUAAAUAGUUUAUUUUGGAAAUGAAGUAAACCCUUCUCUCAUUAAGAUUAUGUUCUUUUGGGAGAAAUACUACAUAUAUAAUCAAGCAAUCAAACAUUAAGUACCUCUUAUGUGUUGGACACUUUACUGGGGGUACAAAGGACAAAUAAAAUCAAUCCCUUUCCUCAAGGAAUUUGCAUUCUAAUUUUGGAGACAAUUUCUAUAUAAAUAGACACAUAUAAGAGACCAGCAGAGUAAAAGGGAAGAAACCUUAGAAAGGAAGACAUCAGUAUCUAGAGAGACCUAAGAAGACUUCCUGCAGACAAUGGCAUUUCAGCUGAGACUUGAAGCCAGCCAGAAUCUAAGAAUCUUAAAUGAAAGGGACAGCAUACCAGACAUGGAGACAGUCAGGACCAAGGUAUGGAGGUGGGAGUGUUGCAUGUGAGGAGUUGGAAGAAGGCUAGUAUAACAAAAUUGUAGAGAGGAGAAAGGCAUAAGAAACCUGGAAAGAUAGGUGGGAAAGGGAAUGAGGUUGUGAAGAGCUUUUUUUUUUUUUUUAAUAAGUUUUUGUUUUUAUCAAUGUGGUGAGUUUGUUUUUUAAUACAUCACUUUGGUUUCCCUCCCAGAGAGACAUCCCAUAUAACAGAGUAUUUUUUUAAAGGGAGAAAAAAUGAAAAAGAAAAAAAUGUGAUGAUAACUGUACAUCAAAAAAGUCUGAAAAUGUUCAGUGUACAAUGCUUGUGGUUCUUUGAUCUUUGCAAAGAGGUUAAGUCAGGGUAACUCCUCAUCUUUUUAUUUCAAGGCAUGCUUGUUUUUAAUUUUAUAACAUUCGCUUUUGUGUGUGUGUAUGUUUUUCUGUUUCUGUUGAUAUAGAAAAAUGAUUACAAUAAUAUAACUUUCCUGACUCUG